UAGUUACCGGUAAAAACAGUAUUUAUAAUUUCUAGCAGCCAUAUUUGAUUUAGUCAUAGAAUCCAACAUGGGCGUUCCUUUUUGUCGUCUGCAAAGUGUCAAAUGCUUUGUGUUUUUUAAAGAUGGACGGGAUUAGUGAUACGUUAUAAUUAAAAAUAAUUAGUACAAAAGUUUUAAAGAAAGAUCUGAAUUAAUGAACAUUGUUUAAUAUUUUUCUGUGAUUACGUUAUUUUUAUCGACGAAAAACGUACAUUUCUUAUGUACAAUAGUCAUCCGUAAUACGAUAUACAUAUACAAGGAGAUUCGAGCUGAUAUAUAUCAAAGGUUUCUGUGAUUCAAUAAUUAAUUAUUAUAAAAGAAAUUAUCGUAAUUUUAUUGUAAUAAAUAUAUGUAUUAAAGGAAGAUAUUUGAAAGGAAGAUAGUGCGUGUAAAAAGCAUCGAGAGAAGGUUAUGCUUGUCGUCAAGUGAAAAUUAUAUAUGUGUGCGUGUGCGUGCUACCAUGCUAUUUAUUCGUUUUUAAAUGAAUGACGAACGGACACCGAAUUACAAAUAAUAUUAUGUCGUCGAAAUAAGAUAACUACUAUUUUAAAUCAUCGUACCUGGAUAUUCGAAUUAGCUGAUUUUCUUUAUAUAUAAAAACAAAAAAAAAUAUUGAAGAAAUAAUCUCAUUGUAUUGAAAAUUAUAUGACAUUACAAAAAGAUCUACUCUUUUAUAAGAAAAGGACGAAGAGGCUGAAAGAGAAAAAAAAUUUGUAUUAUUGUAUCUCAUAAGUUGAUUCAAAGAUAUAUAUAAAAUGUCUGGAAAUAAUACAAUGACAGCUGAUACACUCAGAAGUGGGAACAUACAUAAUCGUAAUUCACAAAGAUCUACACUUUUAAAAGUAGUGAUUUUGGGUGACGGCGGAGUUGGAAAAUCUUGUCUUAUGAACAGAUUUGUAUCGAAUCGUUUUGAUGAAUAUAAUUUUUACACUAUCGGAGUAGAAUUUUUAAACAAGGAUAUAGAAAUCAAUGGCGAAUCUUAUACUUUACAAAUAUGGGACACUGCAGGGCAAGAACGAUUUAAAACAUUAAGAACUCCAUUUUAUAGAGGUUCAGAUAUUUGUCUUUUGACUUAUGCCGUUGAUGAUAGAACAAGUUUUAAAAAUUUGGCUCUCUGGAGAUCAGAAUUUCUUUAUUAUGCGGAUGUCGAAGAAGCAUCUACUUUUCCAUUUAUAGUUGUGGGAAAUAAGGUGGAUGUUUUGGAAUCUGAAAAACAAGUAACCACAGAAGAAGCCAGAGCAUGGUGUGCAGAAAAUGGAGAUCCACCAUUGGUCGAAACGUCUGCAAAGGAUGCAACAAAUGUAGAAGCAGCAUUUGCAGCUGCUGUUGCUGCAUGGGCACGACUGGAGGCUAGAUUAGAACAUCCGUUAGUAGAAGAUACUGUCGACCUUUCUAAACAGCUGUCUCCGCAACGUUCCAGUUGCUGUAUGCCUGUCUCUGGUGCUGAAUCUACAUUUGUGACCAGCUAACUGAAAUGGGUGGUAUGAAGAUAGACAUGAUAAGAAAUAUUUAUGAUA